AUGGGAAACAUCUUGCAAUAUUUCCUAAGUGAACCACCAGAACUUGAGGACACUUUAAUAAGUUAUGCCUGGAACUCACUGGGAUUAAAAAGUGUCGACACUCUUAUCAUAAAUAAGGACACUUUAUGGACGAGAAUGUUUGGAUAUACAGAGGAGAAUGGAAUGGAAAUUUACAAAGAAUAUACUCCUUUAGUUAUAGCCUGCAUGUAUAGGGAAUUAAAACUAGCCGCUGAACUUAUAAAAAUUGGCGCAGACGUAAACUUACAAGUUCGUCCUAGGGAUAUGCAAUUUCCGUCCGAAGAGAGUGUCCCACCGUUGUAUUUUGCAACAAAUGUUGGAGAUGCAGAGAUAGUCAAAUUAUUGUUGAACUCAGGGGCAAAUGUAAAUGGAUUUCAAGGUAGUCGACAGUGUGUCGAACUUGAGGAACCCGAGGAAGAAUUGUACAGUAUCUUUGAUCACAUUGGUCGAACUUAUUCUCGGUAUAAUAAAGGUUGUUACCGCCCACAACACUUCUUGGAACUUUAUUUUGAGGCCGGGGCAAAGUUGAACACAACGCGAUGGGGACCUUGUCUGUUUUUUGGGAGAGGAAAAGUCUUCAAACCCAUACACCAAACAUCGAGUAUUUCACCUGGUCUAAAAUUCAAAUGUGAUAGUGCAAUCCUACUUCUACAGCAUGGUGUGGAUCCAAACAUGUAUAACAUAAGCGAUGUCUGGUUUCAAUUUUCUAGACACACUCGCUAUUCGUGUUUCGGUGGUUGUGUCAAGUUUAGCGUUAUUUUGGAGACGUUUUUGGCGGCUGGGUAUCAUUUCACAAGUGUUGACCACAGCAAUCGAGUCAUCAGAGAAAAACUGAGACGUUUUGGUGUAAAUGUUGCCGAACCAAACAGCUUGAAACAGAUGUGUAGAUCAGCAAUAAGAGAACGUUUAAGGAAGAGUACUAAGGAUACAACGAUAUUUCCAGCCAUUGGUACCUUACAUAUUCCAACAUUAAUGAGAGAUUACUUAAAACUCCGUGAUAUCAUCGACAUUUACAGCUUAGAUGGUCAUUGUCGAGGUGGUCCUGUAUAA